AUGCCACCUGCUUCAUUCGUGGAAUCGACUGGAGCUCUUCCGACGAACCAUCAGAUGCGAACUUGUGAAGAGACCAGACGCCGCGAGUCCGUUCUAUGGAGAAAGCGUUAUGACCAGCAUCUUGCCUUCAAGGUACCCCCUUCCUGGCAGGCCCUGAAGCUGGGCUGGCAGGGCAAGGCCCUUGUGCUCUGUCCCAGGCAGUAA